GACCGCGCAGACAGCAGCAGCAGCAGCUUCUUGUGAGAAAGGAAGUGGGAGGCGUCUCUCUCUCUCUGCAACCCCCCCUCUGGCACCUGGAAGAAUAGAGUAAGUGAGCGAGAGAGUUAAGGGAGGAGGAUGGCACGGGGACAGAUCUCCUGGCCUGUGACUGCUGUUUCUUUGGAGCGCUGCAAGGAAGAACUGCACCUCUGAGCAUCACUUGGGGCCUUUAGGAAGGAGAAGAUUUGUUCAGUCCAAAAGAGGAAGACUCCCAGCAGGAACUCCAGGAAGAUGGAGGAGAAUCACCACAAAAGAUGGAGCUCCGCCAGCUGUGCUGUGGGAGCUGCUUCCAGCUUCGCCACCACGCUGGUGACCUUCCCCGUCUACAAGACCAUUUUCCGCCAGCAGCUCCACGCCUUGUCCAUCACGGAGGCCAUCGGUCAGCUGCGCCAGGAGGGCCUUGCCGGCUUCGCACGAGGCAUUGCUCCUCCGCUCCUGGCCAGGACACUGCAGGGGGCCUUGAUGUACGGCACCCACGACAACCUCCUUCGGGCCUUCUCAGACAGGUCUCCCGGGCCUUACUCGCUGAGAGACCGAGCCUUCGCAGGCCUCCUUUCGGGCUUCCUGGAAGCGCUGGCCUUUGGCCCCUUCGAGAGGGUCCAGAACGUUCUCCAGGACGGGCGGACCGUGAGGAGAUUCCCCACAACCUGGAGCAUCCUGGAGGAAUUCAACUCCUACGCCCCCAAGGAGAGGCUGGCCCUGGGCUACUACCGAGGCCUCAGCCUCAUCCUGACCCGCAAUGGCCUGGGCUGUGCCCUCUACUUCUCCUUCAAGGACCCCCUCCGUGAUGGCCUGUCUGACAGGGCCUUGCCCCGCUGGCUCCCCGCCCUGGUGUCGGGCAGCGUGAACGGAACCGCCAUCUCCUUCCUCCUCUUCCCUCUUGGCGUCCUCAUCGCCAACGUGCAGUCUCAGGUGGGGAAGGAGGAAACCCUCAAACUCCCGGCGGCGGCUGCAGCCGUCUGGAGGGCUCGGGGCAGGAAAGCCACACUCCUUUACAGAGGAGGGUCCCUGCUCAUCCUCCGGGCCGGAGUCACAUGGGGCCUCACCACAGCCAUCUAUGACUUGCUUGUGGACAUCAGGGGCUAGGAGCCCCUAUCCCAUCCCGUUAAGGCCUUCCCAGAGCGGGGGACAUUAUUCUGGGCCAGGCCAGAGAGGAAAGGUCCCCGUAGGGGAGGCAGGGAGAGGAAAACAGCACGGAAGACUGUUAAGUUGUGGGUAGACAUAGCAGACGACGCAGCGAUUCUCCAAACAGCUCU